AUGACAUUGCUCUACGAUGAUCCCCCACGCUUCAAUCUCCGCUCCAAUUCCCUUCACCCGCACCAAUUCACCCCUCUCAGCGGCUGUUCAACGCCCACAGAGCCCGUAGAUGCACAAGGAGUGCUCUCUCUCCUCGUCUGCGCCGUCUGCGACCGCAUUCUCGAAAAACCGGUCACUCUGGCUUGUGGCCAUUCGGUCUGCAUCCGACAUUUGCUCGGCGAUCACGACGAUGCUUUGCUUUCGUCUAGAAAUCUCAGAAUAUUCGUAGAACGCUGCCCAGUCACGGCUUGCAACGCUCUCCUUGACCGGCCAAUGCAUCCAACCGUUGCUCUGACUGUAGACGUCCCUACACUCGAGCCCAUUGUUGGAAACGACGUUCGCAUCGUCCAGCUUGUUGCUUUGGCUCUCGAACACUCGUCUUCCGACAAUUCCACGCUACCACCCUGUCAAACGCCAAUCUCGCAUUCCCCGCCUCUGCACGACGCUAGUCCCACGUCUAGUUCCCCUGAAGCACAAAUACAGUCCCCUCAAGAGCGCUCAGAUUCAGAACAUUCUCAACCACCAUCCGAUCCAUUCUCAAAGGCUCUCCGCGGUCUCCUCCAAUGCGAAAUUUGUCUCAACACGCUCAACGAGCCCGUAACGACCCCAUGUCAACAUACAUUUUGCACCUCGUGUCUCCAGAGGUCCCUUGAUCAUCUCGCGACGUGUCCUCUAUGUCGUCAUGACUAUACAAACGUCGCCAGGUUUCACUCCCCGCGGGUAAAUCGCAUCAUCAACUCGAUCAUCUCAACCUUUUUCGCGACACCAUCCCCGACGCCCGCCCCAGACGCCGAUGACGACCUCAAUACACCCAUCUUUGUGUGUCAAUUAUCCUUUCCUGGGAUGCCCACCGUUCUACACAUCUUUGAAGCUAGGUACCGUCUGAUGCUUCGACGCGUCCUACAAAGGAAAACUCCUCAAUUUGGAAUGAUCAUGUAUCCGUCACACGAGGGUACAGUCGUCUCCUAUGGGACAAUGCUCGAAAUACGCAGCGCCCGCAUUCUCGGCGAUGGCCGCUCCAUCAUCGAAACAUGGGGGUCAUAUCGGUUUCGAAUCGUCAGACGAGGCGAACAAGAUGGCUACAUGGUUGGCAAAGUUGAUCGCAUCGAUGACCUCUCAGAGGCAAUGGAAAGAGAGAUUGAGCGCAAUGCGACACUUCCAAUACCCCCGCGCAACUCUCCAGGCCUUCACCCGCUCUCGCGUCCAUUGUCACCAGUGAGACCCCCGACAAGCCCGCAUCAAUCGCCGACACCAAGCCGCGCACGCUCUCCAAGUAUCUUCCCACGACCUUCUAUUCUAGGUAGACGCAGACGAUCCAACUCGCCGACGCCCUCUAUUGCCUCGAUCGCAUCAAUUUCGACGCUUUCUUCCAUCAACAGUGCACCACCAUCAUCUGCCCCAUUCCACCCCCAACCACCUCCUUCGGAACCAACUACUUCCCCCUCGAGAAGCGCUCAUCCAGGAUCAUCAUCAGCAUCGUCGUCGCCGGGGUCGUAUGCAUUUUCCGACCGCCACGCGGUAGCUGCUGCCGCACCCGCCGCCGCUCCGUUUGUAUACCCAAUCGAACCGACGACAGAACAACUCGUCGAGACGUGUCAUACGUUUCUACAACGACUGAGAAAGGCCUCUUCCGCCGCUGUCAUUCAACGGCUCGACAACGUUGGCCCUCCACCAUCCGACGUCGGCAUUCUCAGUUUUUGGAUAGCUCAGGUACGUGCUACAUUAAACGACUUAUGGGUGGACGAAACGGUUAUUGGAACAGUUCAUGCUGACAACAUUAAACUAGCUACUCCCUAUCGACGAGAGCGAAAAGGCGAAAUUGCUUCCGAUCCGCUCGCCGCGUUUGAGACUUAG